ACCUGGGCCCUACAUCGCGCGAUCUGGCGGCUGGGGAAAGUCGCAAUAAGCAAGGAAUGAACUAACGAUAGUGUUUUAAAACUAAGUUUAUAAUCUCUGACUAUCAGGCUUAUCACAUAGUGGUUGAGCAUUUUUAUAGAGAAGAAGUAUGAGUUCAGGCACUCCCUAUAUUGGGAGUAAAAUUAGUUUGGUCUCUAAAGCCGAAAUUCGUUAUGAGGGUUUUUUAUACACAAUCGACCAAAAGGAUUCUACUGUCACCCUUGCUAAAGUUAUAUCAAUGGGUACAGAGGAUCGUUGCCCCAUGAAUCCAGUUCCAGCGAGGGAAGAAGUUUUUGAGUAUAUUGUAUUCAGAGGAAAAGAUAUAAAAGAUUUGCAUGUUAGUGAGGGGCCUAAAAAAGUUGAUGACCCAGCUAUAGUGCAUAAUGGGCCUAUUCAGCAACCAAAUCAAAGUAAUCCACAGACAUCAUCCCAUUACCAUCAAGGGUAUGGGCAUUUUCCAGGUGGAAUGCCACCCAUGGGGUAUUCUCCAUUUGGAUUUCAACAAAGUGGACCUGAUCACAGUUUUAAUGCAAGGAAGACAACGCCACCCAACUUACCUAGAACUCCAACUCCUGAACCUCAACUACCUGCUCAAAGCAUACAUCAAAAGUCUAAUGUGCAGCAAAAUAGGUCACGAAAUGAUAGUAAUAAUGAUCGUGAACAUAGACAAGACAAUAGAAAUGAUAACAGAUAUCAUGACAACAGAAAUGACUAUCGACAAAAAGGUCAGUUCGAACAGAAAGAUAAAGACAACAGGUAUAAUAGAGAUACUAGGGAUAAAGAUAAACGGUCCUAUCGUGAUAACUCUUAUCGUGAUAAUCGUGAUAACCGUGAUAAGGAGGUAAAUCGCACAGACAAUCGUCAGAGAGACAACAGAAGAGAUGACUAUGAUAGAAAAGAUGAACGGUACACUGGAUCAAGGGAACGUCGUGGAAGAGGUACACCACGUGGCAGAGGAGCAAGAGGACAGCCUAGAGGAGGCGGUCGAGGUGGUAACAACAGGACGAAGUUCACUGAAGAUUUUGAUUUUGAGACUGCUAAUGCUAAAUUUAACAAGGAAGAAAUAGAGAGAGAGCUACUCAAAGUUUUAAAUAAAGUCAAAAUAAAAGACGAUGAUGAUGAAGAUGUUACUGUAGAAAAUAAAGAUGAGCAAGAGCAAGAAGAAAAGGAUAAAAACGACCUCGAUCCUCUUCCCUCACCUGACAAGUUCUAUGAUCGAUCAAAGUCAUUUUUUGACAAUAUUUCGUGUGAAGCAAUGGGACCAAAAACAGAUGAAGAAAUCAUGACCCGCCGACGAGAACGUGCAUUAAACACCGAAACAUUUGGUAACAGCGCCCAUAAUUACAGAGGUUUUAGAGGUCGCGGUCGUGGAAGGGGGCGCGGUAGAGGACGUGGGCGUGGUGGCUACAGAGGUAGAAAUUUCCACAGAGGUGGAGGUGGCGGUGGUUCAAAUAGAAGUUGGGUUGAUUAUGAAUUCGAUUACAAAGCAGCUGGAAUCGAAAAUCAGAAUAAUGCUAAUAAAGCAGUUGCAAGUUGAAGUUGUUUUCACUCCGUUGUACAUAUGCAAUGCAAUGUUUAUAUUUUCAAAUAUUUGAUCAAAGAGAUCCCGUUGUUCAGCUGCUGUUUGGCGAUUGUAUUGCCAAAAGAACAUUGCGGUUUGUUUUAAAGACCGUGAAUUAACGGACCAGAAUUUUUUUUGCUAGAUUUCGGUCUUUGUUUAUACUUUUUCGUUGUUGCAGAACAGGAGUAGCUAUUUUAAUUCUAAAUUUCAAGUGGUGGUCUCCUUGUACACAUUAAAUAAAAGCGUAUAAAAUUUUUUUCAGAGCUAUCCUUACUGCAACAAUGAAAACAUGUUUAUUGAUGGAUGAAAACUAUUCCAUAUUUUUUAAAUUAAAUAUAUUUAUAUUGAAAAUUAAUACAUGUUCUACAAGAAGAGAUCUCCAUGAAUUGAUUGUACAUCCAAGGUGAAGCUGUUUCUUGAUUGGUGGAGACCUGCUUCUAGAUUUAUUAAUAUAAAUAUCUUGCAGUUUCGUUCAACUGGAGAAUCCUGGCAGCAACAUAGUUUCGUGUUUUUCGGUACCAAUGUUUUAUGGCUUUUAAGUUCUUUCAAUAUGUCCUCUCAAUCCUUAACUUUUCGUUAGUGUUGUAAAUUAUGGCAUGUGGAACUUUUCCGUUUUGUGUUAUUAAAUGCAAAGGAUAUCUUCUGGAAGAUUUGCUUGUUGUUUUGUACGCUAUUAGUUGUAGUUGGUUAAAACCGAAAUAAAUUUUUCACUCAA